AUGUCCCAGUCCCGUGCAGUUCCCAUGGUGCCGUUCUUGUCCCGUUGCAACAUGGCCCUGCUGCGGAGGGUGCUGGCGCUGGCAGCAGCCCUGGGGCGCCGCAGCUGCUGCUCCAAGCCCUCGCUGCCCCCUGACUUCGUGGAGGCCCUGAGGGCCGUGGUCGGGGCCCCCAAUGUCUCCACGGCCACAGCGGUGCGGGAGCAGCACGGCCACGAUGAGUCCAUGCACCCGUGUGCCCCCCCGGACGUGGUGGUGUGGCCCCAGGCGGUGGAGCAGGUGCAGGAGCUGGCAGCCCUGUGUCACCGCAGCCGUGUGCCCAUGGUGCCCUUCGGCACCGGGACCGGCCUGGAAGGAGGCGUCAAUGCCGUGCAGGGCGGCGUCUGCUUUGACCUGAGCCGCAUGGACGCCAUCGCAGAGCUGAGCCUCGAGGACUUCUCGGUGGCGGUGGAGCCCGGUGUCACCCACAAGGCCCUCAAUAAGCACCUGCGUGGCACCGGGCUCUGGUUCCCUGUUGACCCUGGGGCGGAUGCCUCGCUGUGUGGCAUGGCUGCCACGGGUGCCUCGGGCACCAACGCCGUGCGCUACGGCGCCAUGCGCCCCAACGUGCUCAACCUGCGCGUGGUGCUGCCGGACGGGCGCCUGCUCCACACCGCCGGCCCUGGCCGCCAUCCCAGGAAGCGGGCGGCCGGCUACGACCUGACCUCACUCUUCGUGGGCUCUGAGGGCACCCUGGGCUUCCUGACCCAGGCCACGCUGCGCCUGCACCCGCUGCCCGAGGCCUCUGCUGUCACCAUCGCCUCCUUCCCCAGCGUGGGGGCGGCCGUGGCCUGCACCGUGCAGGUGCUGCAGGCUGCCGUGCCCGUGGCCCGCAUCGAGUUCCUGGAUGAGGUGAUGGCUGAUGCCUGCAGCCGCUUCAGUGAGAUGGGGCUGCCAGUGGCGGCCACGCUCCUCCUGGAGCUGCACGGCUCCCGGCAUAGCCUGGCUGAGCAGCAGCAGCAGACGGAGGAGAUUGUGCAACAGAACGGAGGCUCCAGCCUGGCCUGGGCGGAGGGGCAGGAGGAGCGGGAGCGGCUCUGGUCCAUGCGCCACAACGCCUGGUACGCUGCCCUGGCCCUGCGGCCCGGCUGCCAGGGCUACUCCACGGACGUCUGUGUGCCCAUCUCCCGCCUGCCUGAUGUGGUGGUGGAGACCAAGCAGGACCUGCAGGCCUCCAACAUCACUGGACCCAUGGUGGGACACGUGGGCGAUGGCAACUUCCACUGCAUCCUCGUCUUCAACUCCCAGGACCCGGAGGAGGCCCAGCGCAUCCACGCCUUCACCGAGCGCCUGGGCAGGCGGGCGCUGGCAGCAGGGGGCACCUGCACCGGGGAGCAUGGCGUGGGGCUGGGCAAGCGGGCACUGCUGCAGGAGGAGCUGGGCCCGGAGGGCCUGGACACGCUGCGCUCCAUCAAGGCUGCACUCGACCCCCACAACCUCAUGAACCCCGGCAAGGUGCUCUGAGGGGCAGCACCAGCACUGCGCUGGCACUGGGGAGCCUCAGCCCCUGGAGGCAAGGCCAGGGUGGCCAUGCUGCCCUGCAGUGCCACUGUAUGUGUCCCUACUAAUCACCCCAUCCCCACUUCUGGGGGUCAGGGAUCC